AUGUUUAGAGGAAUAUGUAAAACGGUGAAAGUCUAUUUUAAAUAUUUUGAAAAUUUGACUACAGAUGAGAAAUUCAUUCGAACUAUAAUGUCAUCAAGUAAUUCAAACAUAGUUAUUCCACCAUUGAUUGUUGCCACAUUUAAUAUAUUAGCACCUGUAUAUAAACGUUUAGAAUCAGAAUCUCAUCGUGAAAGUGAAAAUGACAAAUUGUGGAAACCACGUCAUUCACAUAUAAUCGAAUUAUUAAAAUCUACAUCUGCUCACAUUUUAUGUUUACAAGAGUUUUGGUUUAAUCAAGAUUUUAUUCAAUUAUACGAAUCAGAUUUAUCUAAAGAAUAUAAAUUUUUUUAUCGUCAACGUACACAUUAUGCUGAUGAUGGUCUAGUAAUUCUAAUAUCAAAACAAGAACAAAAUGGUUUUAAAUUAGAGAUAAUUGAUCGCCAUGAUUGUUUAUUAUACGAUGUUGGAAAUCGUGUUGGACUAUUAUUAAGACUACGUUUAACAAUAAUUGACACUAAUCAGACAAGUGAUUUUCUUCUCUUAAAUUUACAUUUAACAUUUCCACAUAAUUCAUUCGAUAGAAAUUUACGUUUUGAACAAAUUAAAGCAUUAUUUAAACAUUUAAAAGAUUAUCAACAUACGCAUCAAUUAGAAGAUUGUUCAGUAGUGUUAUGUGGAGAUUUUAAUAGUGCAGCAGAAGGUGAUAGCGUUUACGAUUAUUUAACGAAUGAUCAACAUUAUAUAAGUUCAUAUAAAGAACUAAAUAAUAAAGAACCAAAUGUUACUCACUUAACACAUUUAGGAACAGCUCUAGGAGUUGAUUUUAUUUUCUAUCGAAAUUUUAGUACAGUUGAUCAAAAGUUUGUUAAAUUUAAACCAAUUACUAGUUAUUUGAUACCACACGGGUCAAAUGAACAGAAAUGGGAUCGAAAAUGGGAUUUAAAUGGUUUGACAACGAAAGCGUUAAGUGAUCAUAGAAUGAUUGUCACACAUUUUAAAAUGAUUUUGUGA